GGGAGGUAGGAGGUACACCCCACACUCAGCUUGGUCCAAUUCCUGGGGUACAGCCAGGAGAGGGGUUCAAGAAGACGGAAUCCCAUCAUCAUCUCCUGAUGUGGCAGGUCUCUCCGCAGUUUACGGAUGCUCUUCCCUCCGUCCAGCUGAAACUCUGCCUUCGGUGGAUGAAGCUUCCGAAGACCCCUCUAAAAGUUGCCGACUUUUUGGGGUGACCAUGGAGAAGAAGGUGUUUUAUGUGCUGCUGGGGUUUCUUUUCUGCCCGUCUGCUUUGCUGGUCAAACCCUUCGUACAUUUUCACCCACUCCAGUUAAAUUUAACGGAAGGGGAGACGGCUAAGUUUACUUGUUCCAUCUCCAACCCCGAUUUGGGAAAACACCUGGACUGGUACAAACAGGGCCACGACCGUCAGCCGGUCAAAUUGGACGGCAGCAGCCGAAAGUUCGGCUUUCCCAAGCGAGACGACCACACGUACGAGAUGGAGAUCCGGCAGGUGGAGAAGAACGACAGCGGAACUUACUACUGCUGGGUGAGCCCCUUCCACUCAGGAGGGACCAUGCUGGAGAGCAACCGAAGCAACCUCUUUGUGAGAGAAAAAGUCGCCGCAACUCAACCUCCAGACAAGAUCACCCAGGUCAAGGAACAGGAGGAGGGUGUCCGAAAAGACACCAAGAGUUCUUUCUCUGACUUGCGUGGGUCUGGAUUGUUUAUCCUGCUCGUUGUGUUAUAUUUCUCGGUGUGGUGGAUCAUCAGAAGGAGAAGACAAAAGCAAAAGGAACAGAAGCAAGGAAAUGCUCCACUGGAAGAAGCUGACCCUCCGGACGUCACUGUUUUUACGGUCGAUUACGAAAUGCUGGCAUUCCCGGGAGGAGCAAAGAUGAAACCGGCGGCGUCUCCGAAACCCGUCCAGCGGGAACCCACGGAAUACGCCACCAUCGUCUUCCUCCCGAAGGCUCCGGAGGCUGCAGAGGUGGAGGACUCCAAACAGACAGUUUGCCCGGUCUGUGUGCAGCAGCCUUGACCCGGCCAACGACUCCUUCUUUGUGGUUUCCGAAUUGCACAUCUGUGCAGAUGUUCCGGGGCCUCACCCCGAAGGUGACCGCGGGGAGCGAGAGCACCGAGUCGUUUGGGGAAACCAGACAUGUCUAAUAUCACGUUGGCUGGGAAACCACAACCUCUGAACGGCAGACCUUUGCGAAUCAAGGGAGCGAAGGUGGCUGUCUGGGGCCAAGGGGAGGCUCUCUGCGCGGGCGCAGAGGCACUCUCUCCCUAGAGCUGAAAAGAGAUAGAGGGUUUGCGAAGCAGGUCCUUCUCGCUUGGAAAGGAAGUCCUCAACUUACGACCGCAAUCGAGCCCGGCGUUUCUGAGAGAAUUUUGCCCCGUUUUUAUGACUCUUCCUGCCACUGCUGUUAAGCGAAUCCUUGCAGUUGUUCAAUGAGGAACACGGUUGUUAAGUGAAUCUGGCUUCCUUGUUGUUUCGGCUGGUCAGACGGUCGCAAAAGGGGACCGCGUGUCCCCGGCAACACUACGACUGUCAUAAAUAUGAGUCAGUCGCCAAGCAGCUGAAUUCUGAUUAUGUGAUUGUAGGAAUGCUGCAACAGGUACAAGUGUGAAAAACGGUUGUGUCGGUCAGUUUUUUCGGAGCCGUUGUAACUUUGAACGGUCACUAAACGAGAACUACCUGUACCAUCAGGUGAAGAAGUUUUGACCCCUCUUACCUUUCCAGAAGCAAAA